GAAAACUUCCCACCCACGUCUCUCCCUCCCGUCUUCCUCCUGUCGUAGAGAAAUCUCUCAUUCUGCGCUACGAAGAGAUAUCUCUGCAAUCUCCGAAGAGUAAACUACGGAGAAGAUCUCUGGAGAAGAUGAACGACGAAGAUGUCUCGAGGCAGCUCCUGCAGAUGGUGAGGUUCAUCCGCCAAGAGGCGGAAGAGAAGGCCAACGAGAUCGCCAUCGCCGCCGAAGAAGAGUUCAACAUCGAGAAGCUGCAGUUGGUCGAGGCGGAGAAGAAGAAGAUCAGGCAGGAGUUCGAGAAGAAGGAGAAGCAAGUCGAAAUCCGUAAGAAGAUUGAGUACUCAAUGCAGCUGAAUACUUCAAGGAUCGAAGUUCUCCAAGCACAGAAUGAUGUAGUCAAUGCCAUGAAAGAUAAUGCAUCAAAGGAGCUUCUGAACUUGAGCCGUGAUGUCCAUACCUACAGACGGCUUCUGAAGGAUCUGAUUGUUCAGUGUUUGGUUCGGUUGAAAGAGCCUUGUGUCUUGUUGCGUUGUCGGGAAAUGGACUUGAGCUUAGUUGAGUUCGUGCUUGAUAACGCAAAGGAUGAAUAUACUGCAAAAUUCAAGAUCCAUGCUCCAGAGAUCAUUGUGGAUCACCAAGUUUUCCUUCCACCUCCUCCUAAACACCACCAUUCUCACGGUCUCCACUGUUCUGGGGGCGUUGUGAUGGCAUCUCGCGACGGGAAAAUUGUGUGUGAGAACACACUUGAUGCGCGUUUGGAUGUCGCCUUCCGUAAUAAGCUCCCAGAUAUCCGUAAGUCAUUGUUCGGCCAUGUUGCCGCUUCUUUAUGAUCAUCAACCAUGCACAUGGGAGUGAGUCAUCUGCAUAACUCCGGAACUCAUUCGAUUCGUUUCUUGAGAUGUGGUUAUGGGUAUAUAAAUAAAUGAAUGGAUAAACCCAAUGAAGAACUUGUCGAGAAUGUCUCGUUUUCUUCUCCAAUUUUUGUUCAGUGUACUUAUCUGAAUCUUGUGUUUGAUGGGUAUCUUUUUGAAUGUAA